UGCUAAGCCCAAGCGUGUGCGUGUCGUUUGCUCAUUACCCCUGUGGUCGUCUCCAAGUUAGGUUGCGGUGGUACAUUGAGGAAACUUGUUGAAAUAUCCAUUAGCUGCAAAAUGAAUCUCAAAUUCCACGGAUGGUUUACUGAAUGCUCUCCUAUGUGGCCAGGACAGGCCUUCUCACUCAAGAUCAACAAACUAAUUUUUGACAAGAAAAGCCAGUAUCAGCAUAUCCAAAUAUAUGAGACAGAGAAGUACGGUCGCAUGCUGGUGCUGGAUGGAGCUAUUCAGCUCACUGAACGGGAUGAAGCUUCCUACCAGGAGAUGCUUGCAUUCUUGCCUCUCAACUCUCAUCCAAACCCAGAGAAGGUGCUGGUGAUCGGUGGAGGUGAUGGCGGUAUCUUAAGAGAGGUGGCCAAGCACCCUGCCGUGAAGGAGAUCGUGAUGUGCGAGAUCGAUGACCAUGUUGUGGCCGCUUGCAAAGAACACAUUCCAUCACUGGCAAGCGGUUUUUCAGACCCGAGAGUGACGCUACAUUUUGGCGACGGGAUGGAGUUUCUUGGGAGCCAUGCUGGGAAAUUUGAUGUCAUCAUCACCGACGCUUCUGAUCCCGUGGUGCCUGAUGAUGAUGAAGCUGGAAAAGAUGGUCCGGCCGCCACACUCUUCAAUGACGCUUUUUAUGCUCGGCUCCACGAGAAACUCAACCCUGAAGGCGUUCUCGCGUGUCAGGGAGAGAGCAUGUGGCUGCACAAAGACCUCAUUAAAGGGCUUAUGAAGAAGAGUCGUGAGCUGUACCCUGUCGUCGAGUACGCUUACACUUGCACGCCGUCCUACCCAUGUGGUCAAAUCGGCUUCAUAUUGUGCAGUAAAAACCCCACUUUGAACUUACGCGUACCUGUGACCAAGUGGACGUCGGAGGAAGUGAAGCGUCUCAAGCUCAAAUACUACAACACCGACAUACAUUCCGCCUCAUUUGUCCUGCCUACGUUCAUGACGGAAUUUCUAUCUUCGGAUUAAGGAGUUUACUUCAGAGGUGCAUUUGCAUCAUUCUGGCUUUUAGGAAUCUCUCGAAUUUUAAGUAUGGGCUACAGGUGUUUGGAAGUUAACAGAACAAUGCAUACAAGGCGGAAUAUUUUCCGCAUUCAAGUAACUUGAAAUAAAACUAUCGCGUCAUUGACGUAAUUCGUCAUUGACGUAAUCAAUUAAGAAAAUAAUUAAAUAUUGGUGUUACAUUGUCGCCAAAUGAAAGAUGUCCAACUUGAAUCGUUGACUCAGAAAUGGUACAUAUGCGCACCACGAAAUGUAUUUUUUUUUAAUUUGAUUAGGAAGUAGUCCUAUACAAAAAUUUUUAGCCGGCAUACGCAAUUGGUGAAAAACGAAAUCGCUGAAUUUGUCCGAAAAAAAAAGAACGUCUGGCAACUUAAGUUUCAUAAUAGUACCAAAAAAAAUGGAAGAAUAAUAGAAGAUGUGGCAAUCGGACAUUUUGAACAUGAAUAAUCGGAGUACCAGACCUGGCACAUUUAGUUGUGGCUAGAUAACGAAAGCCAACUGUAAAUGAUUGACACCGGCAAGGUUGUUGGGCGAUGUAGUACAGAGCAGUGUGAAUAGUACACUUUUGUAACUAAGGAAGUUAUGCAAUUUUUUUUGAAUCGGCGAUAAUGCCUACAGCAUAAUGUAGCAAACUGCCUCCGCUAUUCUAAUACAUUUUGGUCAUUAGUAAAAUGACUGUUGCAAAAUAGGUACGGUAUUUACUGUUAUCAAAUAUUCUCGAAUGCAUCCAUAACAUGUCCUAUUUGCAAGCCGUGUAUAAUUAACAGGUUUCCAAAACUUGUGAAUAUUAUUCAUCGUUUAUGUCUUGCAAUCUUUUUAAAAUAGUACAAUGUUAGAACAAAAUAAAGGACUUAAGUUUA